AUGGACACAGGCGACGUCCCUCCAUCAAGCUCACCGUUGGGCUCCCCAAGAUUUUCCGCAGACGACCAGCAGACGAUCUACCGGUACAUGCGGGCUGUAGCAGACCAUCUGGAUCCGUCGGCUGUGGCGCGCAAAGGUAUGAAUGAGCUAUUCGUGCGCACGUCAUGGUGGUUUCCGUUGGAGAAGUCAGCCAAGAACGACAAUCCAGAGUCAGAAUCAGAAUCAGAACCGGAACUGGAGCUCAUCGCAUCUCCUGAAGAACGCGAAUCGGGUGGCGCAGCAAUCCCCUCCCCGAAGGCCCUUCCCGAUCUCGCACGCUGCCUUUGGGACUCGUGCACUGGUACGAUUGCCGCUCGCGACCUCGAAAGUGUGCGCACGCAUUUCACAGAGGCGCAUCCGGAGGGCCGGCGAUGGUUCGGCUCGGAGCGCAUCGUAUGCCGCUGGGCGGAAUGCGCGCGUUGGGAUUACAUGGAGCGCCGCCGUGUCCCGGGACAUGUCAUUAGAAUGCAUUUGCGGGAGCAUGAGUGCCCGUUCAGGACGUGUGGGAUGGUGUUUGGGAGCAAGGAUGAUGUAAGGGUGCAUCUGCAGUUGGUACAUGAUGGAUCGGAGUAGGACGAUGCCUCUGAGUAACUAUCCUUAGACGAGAUGCUCCGCCGUAUGCUUGUAGAUGCGAGGUUGUGCGUUGUGGCUGCGCUGUGGCCACGGUCAACGCCGAAAGAUGAUAUCUAUAUAUAGAAAUUUCC